GCCCACCCCGCUGUGGUCGCAGAAGAGAUACCGGGAGGCUCCCGGCGCCGCGCUCCAGGGCCGGGGCGGGGCGGGCGGCGCGGGCGCGCGGCGACAUGAUCCCGGGCGCUGCGUGGGCGCCCCCCCCCGCCUCGUACUUGGUACGCGCCAGCGGAGAGGCCAGGCCCAGCCCGGGCGGUACAAUAGGGUUGGGCCGCGGCUGGGACUGGGCCGGCGCCGGGUAGGGAGCAGGAUCGCGGCCGCAGCCGACAGACACUGGACAGCCGGCGACUCCGAGCCUCGCAGGUCGCCAGCCUCGACCUUCCCCGGAGCGCCCCCGCCUCCGAGUCCUUGCCCGCCGGGCCGGGCCGGGCGUGAUGCGCCGCGGGACCCCUGGCCUGGCCGCUGGCCGCCGCCGCCGUCGCCGCUGAGACCCCCCCAAGACCCCUAGUGACGCCGCAGCCAUGGAAAACGGCCCGCAUGCGGAGCUGGGUCCGGGCGCACCCCCAGCUGUGGUAGCCAGGACGCCCCCAGAGCCAAGACCUUCUCCAGAAGGUGACCCUUCCCCGCCACCUCCACCGAUGUCAGCCCUGGUCCCCGACACUCCCCCGGAUACCCCUCCUGCCAUGAAGAAUGCCACUAGCCCUAAGCAGAUCCCAUUGGAACCAGAGAGCCCCCCAGGGCAGGUUGUGCCUAGGCCAGCCCCUCCACAGGAAGAGUCCCCCUCCACAGAAGCAAAGAGCAGGGGACCCACCCCACCAGCCACAGGCCCACGGGAUGCCAGGCCUCCUCGAAGGAGCAGCCAGCCAUCCCCAACGACAGUGCCAACCUCUGACAGCCCUCCUACCAAGCAAGAUGUGAAGAAGGCAGGAGAGAGACACAAGCUGGCAAAGGAGCGGCGAGAAGAGCGGGCCAAGUACCUGGCCGCCAAGAAGGCGGUGUGGCUGGAGAAGGAAGAGAAGGCCAAGGCGCUGCGGGAGAAGCAGCUCCAGGAGCGAAGGCGGCGGCUGGAGGAGCAGCGGCUUAAAGCCGAGCAACGCCGCGCAGCCCUGGAGGAGCGGCAGCGGCAGAAGCUGGAAAAAAACAAGGAGCGCUAUGAAGCAGCCAUCCAACGGUCAGUGAAGAAGACAUGGGCUGAAAUCCGGCAGCAGCGCUGGUCCUGGGCAGGGGCCCUGCACCACAGCUCCCCGGGCCAUAAGACCAGUGGGAGCAGGUGCUCCGUGUCGGCAGUAAACCUGCCCAAACACGUGGACUCUAUAAUCAACAAGCGGCUCUCAAAGUCCUCUGCCACGCUCUGGAACUCCCCCAGUAGAAAUCGCAGCCUGCAGCUGAGCGCAUGGGAGAGCAGCAUCGUGGAUCGUCUGAUGACGCCCACCCUCUCCUUCCUGGCUCGGAGUCGCAGCGCGGUCACACUGCCCCGAAACGGCCGGGACCAGGGUAGGGGCGGCGACUCUGGGAGAGCCCACACGCGCGGCCGGGCAGGGGCGAGCCUGACGCCUGGGCCGCACCCCAACCGCACUCAUCCCUCUGCAGCUGUGCCCGUGUGCCCACGCUCGGCCUCUGCCAGCCCCCUGACGCCGCCGUGCAGCGCCCCGCGAAGUGCGCACCGCUGCGCCCCCGGCGGGGAGCGCCGCAAGCCCAGCGCUGGGGGCAGUCCCGCUCCUGUCCGCCGCCGGCCGGAGGCCUCGCCGGUGCAGAAAAAGGAGAAGAAGGACAAGGAGCGGGAAAACGAGAAGGAGAAGAGCGCCUUAGCCCGGGAGCGCAGCCUCAAGAAGCGCCAGUCGCUGCCCGCCUCCCCGCGCCCCCGCCUCUCGGCCGGCGCCGCCUCUGAGCUCAGCCCCAAAUCCAAGGCCCGGCCAUCCUCUCCCUCCACGUCCUGGCAUAGGCCUGCCUCCCCCUGCCCCAGCCCAGGGCCAGGCCAUGCUCUGCCUCCAAAACCACCAUCCCCGCGAGGCACCACGGCAGCACCCAAGGGGCGGGGCCGCAGGAAGGACGAAGCCAAGGAGAGCCCGAGCGCAGCAGGGCCUGAGGACAAGAACCACAGCAGGAGCAAGGCCAGCGAUGAGAGGGAGCCUGCAGCCCCAGCCUCACCAGCGCCCUCGCCUGUGCCCUCACCCACCCCAGCCCUGUCCCAGAAGGAGCCGCCCACAGCGGAGAGCCCUGCAGACAUUGCUCUCUUGACCUCACCCCCAGCCCCUGCUCCCCCGGUGACCCCUAGCAAACCAAUGGCCGGCACCACAGACCGAGAAGAAGCUACUCGGCUCCUGGCUGAGAAGCGGCGCCAGGCCCGGGAGCAGCGGGAGCGCGAGGAACAGGAGCGGAGGCUGCAGGCAGAAAGGGACAAGCGAAUGCGAGAGGAGCAGCUGGCGCGGGAGGCCGAGGCCCGGGCGGAGCGGGAGGCCGAGGCCCGGAGGCGGGAGGAGCAGGAGGCGCGAGAGAAGGCGCAGGCCGAGCAGGAGGAGCAGGAGCGGCUGCAGAAGCAGAAAGAGGAGGCUGAAGCUCGGUCGCGGGAAGAAGCGGAGCGGCAGCGCCUGGAGCGGGAAAAGCACUUCCAGCGGGAGAAGCAGGAGCGGCAGGAGCGCAGACAGCGUCUGGAGGAGAUAAUGAAGAGGACCCGGAAGUCGGAAGUUGCGGAAACCAAGCAGAAGCAGGAUAGAAAGGAGGCCGAUGCCAACAAUUCCAGCCCAGACCCUGCGAAAGCCGGGGAGGCUCGGCCCUCAGAGCUGCAGAAAGAGGUAGUGCAGAAAGAGGAGCCGGCUCUUCAGGAGCCGCAGUGGAGCUUGCCAAGCAAGGAGUUGCCAGGGUCCCUGGUGAACGGCCUACAGCCUCUCCCAGCACACCAGGAGAAUGGCUUCUCCCCCAAGGGACCCUCUGGGGACAAGAGUCUGGGCCGAACACCAGAGGCACUCCUGCCCUUUGCAGAAGCAGAAGCCUUCCUCAAGAAAGCUGUGGUGCAGCCCCCACAGGUCACAGAAGUCCUUUAAGAGGGGUUGCCUUGGAUCUGGGCACAGCUGUGAGAGCUCCUCUGUAUCAUCUACCAGGAUGUCUGGAGGAGAAAGAGAAAGAACAAAGAUGGAAGUGGCCUGGGCCCCUGGGGGUGGGUCCUCUCUGUUGUUUUUAAUCUGCACCUUAUAGACUGAUGUCUCUUUGGCUGGAGCCAGACCCUGCCCCUCAGUGCGUUCGUGUGCUCACAUGCGUGGACAUCCCCUCUCCCCCACACACACACAUACACUCACAGCCUCUCUGGCCUCCUCCCGUGGGGAAGGGCCGCCUGUAGCAUUUGCCUUGGUUUGGUGGGGUACAGUGGAUGUGAAUACUGUAAAUAGCUUGUGCUCAGACUCCUCUGUGUGGAGAGGGUGGGUGCAGGGGGCAGACCCUCCCCUCAAGGCUCCCUGGGGAGAUCUAACUCUCUCUAUUUAACUGUAACAGGGGGAACCCAGGUCUGGGGCUGGGGGGCACCUUGGGCCACAGGAUACUGGUUACUUCAGGGGUACCCAUCCCCUCGCCCUCGCCUAGAAUCAGUGUUAUUGCAUCUGAUCAAAUGUCUCCAGAAAUAAAGUGAAAAUAAUUCUGCCAA